AACAAAUAAUCAUUACUUACAAAGCCUAAAUAUGCCCAAUAAUAAUUGUGGAACUGAUAUAAGCAUUAAGGAGUACACAGAAAACCAAAGAAAACAAAUAUAGAAGAUAAAUCUAUUGCAUUGUCUGUCCCAUAAACCCCCAUCCCGCAACCUUCCUAUGCAAACAAAAUUCAGGUUUCAAAAGAAAACAGAAUGAGGGCCGUCACUCUUUAGUGGAAAUUUUCAAAACCUUUUUAGUUUUUUCUCUUGAAUCAUGGCUUCACUCCAUCCCAGCAAAAAUGGAGAUUUUACUAGUAAUUUGAGAGAUUCAAUGUCGCAGAAACAAGAGAAUAGAGUCACUGGAGUUGAAGAAACCCUAGAUCGCAUCAAUCAGUUGCCAGACGCACUCCUCGUACAAAUUCUCUCUCUUUUGCCGACGAGAGAUGCCGUCGCAUCAUCUGUUCUCUCUAGAAGGUGGCGUUAUCUCUGGAAUUCAAUUGAUAAUUUCCAUUUCGUUGUUAGAAAUGACAACAAAGCUGAGAACUUCAUAUCCUUUGUGGACCACGUUUUAGCUCAUUGCACUUGUCCCAAAGUCAGAAAAUUCAAACUCGAUUUAAAUGACAUGUCUAAUAGGGAGUUUGAGUUGAUAAUCAGCCUGUGGAUUAGUUUUGCUGUGGAAAGAAAUGUUGAAGAUGUUGUUUUUUUGUGUUCAUUUGAUGAUGAAGAACUUUAUUACGAAUGGCCGCCUCUAUCUAUGUGCACUUGUUCGUCAUUGAUUACAUUGGAUUGGAGCUGUUGCACGUUUGAUAAGGAAUCGAUAAUAGAGUGGAAGUCUCUGAAAAGCCUAAAGUUGCAAUACAUUUUGUUUGAUGAUGACGAUAUUGUGAACUUACUGUCAUGUUGUCCUGCUUUGGAAACUAUGGAGUUGUCACUAUUUGAGGGAUUUCGUCGUGUUGAAAUUACUAAUUCAAAUCUAAAGAGACUAACGUUGGCAAGCCAUAAGUGGCCUUGUAGCGGAAAUGAGGAUUCUUUGGAAAUUUUUGCCCCACAUCUUCAGCAUUUGGAUAUUUCCAGGAGCUCUUGGACAUAUCAAGUGUAGGCUAGUAAAUGUCUCCUCUUUGGUUACUGCCAGCCUAACUUUUGACAUUUGAUGUACUGCUGAUGACUCCGCAGAAGACGAUAUUGAGGAAGAAAGUUGUCGUGAUUAUCAUCAAGUUUUCAGAAACCUUGUUCGGGACUAUCUUCGAAAGUUGAGUUAUGCGAUUGAGCUAUCAAUUGGAAGUUGGUUAGCAUAGGUUGUGUUCAUGUUGCAACUCGAAGGGGUGGCGCUUCCAGAAUUGAGAUGCAAGUGUCUAACGCUAAAGUUGCAGGUAUCAAAGCAUACUUUGUAUGGAAUAACUAGCCUUUUCGAAGCCUCACCUCUUUUGGAGACGCUCAACAUUCACAUGGAAUAUGAGGUUGUGCUUUCUCUCAGUUUAUGCUCUUCCUUUUGACAUCCAUUCGAUUUUUGAAUUUAACACUCCCCCCUCCCAAAGACUGAGUUUCUUAAGGAGAAUGCAAAUAUAGCAUUAAUUAUCUCUAAGAAUUUUUUGCCACUAUAAAGCUAUAAUUUAAAAGAUCAGGGUAGUUGCUUUCUAUCUGGUAAACAGGUUCAAGAAAGGAAAAGGAUUGUUUACCAACUGAACCUCCGUUUGCUUGGUUUGUCUACUGCUUGAGUAUUUCAUAUAGGUAUCAGCUAUUGUAAUCAUUUGCUGAGAACUGUUCCAGAUUCGUGGGUUUUGAAAAUUGCUCUAUAUCAUACACUGCUGUGAAAUCAUUUCAUUUUGUCUUCUGUGGAAUAAUACCACUAGGCCGUAGAUCAGCAUUGGAUCCUGAUUCUAUUCUCUGUUCCAGUUUGGUUAUGAGCACUGCGCACUUGAGCUAAGCUAUUUGGCCGAGGGAGAUAAUACCAAUUUGUUGUGUUGGAUCCCAAACAUUGUGUUUUCCAGUCUCAAGAAUAUUAAGAUUGUCGACUGCAUACAGAGAUGUGAGUGGGCCAGAUGCUCAAAGGAGUGGGCUGAAGGGGACUUUGAUAAGCUUAUUGAACUUUCAAAGUUUCUAUUAAAGAAUGCAGUGGUUUUAGAGAAGUUUGUUAUCGUAGCAAACAGAAGAAAAUGUCAAAAAUGUUGUGAGAGCUGUGCGUCCCAAUUUUUAACACGAUUGGCUAAGACAUUGUUAGACAGCCCAAGAUCAUCUAAGAAUUUUGUGAUUACUUACCAAGAGUCUGCUUUGGAUGACUAGACUGCAAGCGGUUUUAUUUCAGCAUACUAAAAAUGUCACCUUAUAUUGUAGCUUUUGAUUUACUGCAGAUGUAAUUUUGAACUUGUGGCAUAUGAGGGAUGCUUGGUUUCUCAUGAAGCCUUGGUUUUUUUUU